ACACAUACCUGCCUUCCGGCAUCUCCAACAGAGGCCCUGCCUUUCCCUUGGCACUCGGGGUGGCGAGCUCUUAUUCGAUCUCCGUGUCCUUCUGUGCGUCAACCUCCUUCCCACCCCCCCGCUACCCCCUUGGAGCCAAGCUGGCAUGGCUUGCUGGCACCCGGGCGUCCGUUUUCCUUCCAGCCUGACCAUCUGCCUGCUUUCCCUGCUGGCCCCAUUAUUCCCUGUUCUGUCUUCCUUCCCUCUGGAUGUGCUUGUUGGGAAUUCUGUUUCUCUCCCCAUUCCAUUCUCUUUACCCUCUGCUCAAGUCCAAAUUAUUAUCAUCUGGGAAAGGAAUGCAACCAUCCUGGCAACAGGAAACCUGCGUCCUAAUUUUACAGUGAAGGUAGAUCACAGCUUCCAGUCUCAGUUCAGUGUGGACCCCGUGUAUGGAAACCUCAAUAUUUCUGACCUGAGGACCGUGGAUUCCGGCAUCUAUUCAGUGGAGAUUUUCCCUCUGGGGGGUAUUGUCCAGAAGGGAAACAUCACUAUUAAAGUUUAUGAGGAAGUGGGCAACAUCUCUGUGGUCCCACCAUCUGCAGAAGUGAUAGAAGGAAACGGUUUAGUGGCUUUCAACUGCACUCCCGUCCAUGGUUUUGUCUCCUGGACCAAGGAUGGUCACCGCCUGGGUGAUAAUCCCCGUUAUUUGCGUUCAUCUGGUUACCUGCAAAUUAGAGACCCUCUACGGACUGAUGCUGGUGUCUACUCUUGUACCAUCUCCAACCCUUUUGGCAAUGCCACUGGCACUGCCAACCUGACUGUCUAUUAUGGUCCCGAGACCCCAACAAUUACCGUCUCGUCCUCUCAGGAGGAUUCAAGCGCAGGGAGUUUUGUGCUGGUGAACAGCACUGUCAACCUCACAUGUCUGGCACCCUCCAACCCCCCAGCAAAGAUCUACUGGAAUGUGGCUGACAAUAUGGACCGUGACGUCCCUUCCUCACCUGUUCUGCAGCUCCGCAGAGUGCAGCUGAAUCAGGGAGGGGUGUAUUCCUGCCUGGCUAUCAAUCAGAAGACGGAGCUACGCUUUCGUAAUUCCCGCCGUAUCAACGUUGUCCAAGCUCCUUGGGGAUCUCCUGGUUGUUCUGUGACUUCGGUGCAAAACGAUUCUGCCUUACUUUUUGUCUGCUCCUGGACUGGAGGGUGGCCUGCUCCUAAUCUCACUUUCCAGGGACUCCCUGGAGACGAGGAGGAAAUUGGUGCCUCUAAAUUACAGAGCUUGCUGGUCCCCCCCUUCCCUGCUGGGAUCAGUGGUUCCAAAGUUACUUGUUUGGGUCAUCAUGUAACUGGGCAAGCCAAUUGCACCUUGAUUCCAGCAAAGAAGAAAGCUCCACCCACGCCACCAGAGAAUCAACACCACUAUCUGUCACGCCAGUUCCCAAAUGGGAAGAAAGUUGAGUCAAGUGACUCUUGGGAUAAUCCUCGAUGGUCAUCGGGAGACUCAGACAUCUACGCCAUCACCUAUGAGGAACAUCUGCCCAGAUAUCUCAGCCCAGCCACCUUGCCUAUUGGUAUCAGGGAAGGCACUUCCUCUGCCCCAGCUGUACGACCUGGCAUCAGGACUGUGCGGAAUGCUACCCAGGUCUGAAAUGGUGAAGAUCAUACCCAGCCAGAUUUGAUCUUUAAAAUGGGACUUGUGAAGAUGACACCCAGCUGGUUACGGUCACUGAAAUGGGACUUGUGAAGAUCGCACCCAGUUGGUUAUGGUCACUGAAAUGGGACUUGUGAAGAUCGCACCCAGCCGUUUAUAGUCACUAAAAUGGAAUUUGUGAAAAUGACACCCAACUGGUUAUAGUCACUAAAAUGGAACUUGUGAAGAUGACACCCAGGCGGUUAUAGUCAUUGAAAUGGGAUGCUGAGAUGCUGAAAUGGAUUUGUGCCUUCUGCUCCUAGCUUCCUUAAAAACCGACAGAUGGGUCUCAUCCGUCUUGAGAUGUGAACUUCAACGUUAUUGGCUGGAAAUCUGACUCACCUAGGUAAGAACCAGCCACCUUAGUCCUCCAAGAAGCUGUAUUUUGCAUCCUCAAAAUUUAGACAAUUAGGUUUUGGAUGCUGAGAUUUCCCAUGCAGCUUUUAGAACAGAGCACACCGCAAGGCAACCUAAUUUGCUGGCCUCUGAUAAGUCUUCCAGACGAGAGCUGCUGGAAUGGAUGGUGUGUUAGAAUCCCUAAAGCUCGCUUUGCAGCCAAGGACAACGGACAAUGUAAAACGAGAUCUUACGGGGAAGGGCUUGGAUACAGUGGCAGGUAGGGAAGGAUAUGGCUGUAGUUGGAUUGAGAUGUGCUUUACUUUUCCAAAACCAUUUUAUCCCACGAAGCUGCUUAUAUUCUGAGGCUGCACACACCUGCCAAAUGCUCUCCAUUCUGUUAUCAAAAGCACAGUGCUGGAGGCUGGCCCAGUUUCUGUCUUGGAACCCAGUCAAGAUCCCCUUCUUGGAUACCAGGGGAAAACGACGGUGCUUUUAGAGCCGGAAAAGAUAUAUCUUCCUGGCUUUUUCCCUGUUAAAUUGAAGAUGGAGUCCAUUCUUCAAUUCUAAGAUCGGUGCUUCUCAACCUUGGUCACUUGAAGUGGUGUGGACCAGAGGUGGUAUUCAGCCUAUUCUGACUGGUUCUGCAGAACCAGUAGUGGAAAUUUUGACUAGUUCA